CGUUCACUUACCAACCAAUUCCACUCACGGGACAUUGGCUAGUCCAAGACUACCAUCGCACACUGACCUUAAUUCGUCUACAUAGUCAUGUUCUAAUUCCGUUCAACUUGUCUUAGUGAAAGCCCCAAAAUUUAAAUGACAAUUAUGAAAAGACAGAUUCACGGCUGACUGCUGUUUUCUUAUUGAAGUUAUGGAAAAUAAAUGCUAUAGAAAAUAUUUCGUUCUUUAGACUGUCUUGUAUUAAUUAGUGCAUUACAGUCUUAGCACGAUUCUAUUGUUGAAACCCCCUUCACUAACUUAAUCGUCUUGGUUGCUUUGUAUUGCCACACGCUGCAGUUAUUUCUAGUAAAUUAGCUAUCUUCAUUGUUGCAUAUAUUUCUCUGACAGAUUUAUAUCUUUCGUGGAGUCUACAUUAAACGUCAACACUCGUUUACUAACCACAUCACGACUUCUCCAGCAAUUGUGUCAAGUGUUGUGUCAAAAAGAAGGCUAAGCAGAGGAAGUUGGAUGAAAAACAGUUAUUAAUUAAUAACAAUUAUAAUAAUGGCGGGUCAGAAGGAAAGUGUCACUGUUGCUAAACCCCGACUUCCACACUGGUUCGUUGUUUUCUUCGUACCCAUCUCUUUAACAUUGUUAUUUAUCAGCUACUUUAACCCAGCAAUACUUCCAUACCAACACCUUGGUUUGUUUGGAGAUUUUUUGAGAUACAUUGUGAAGCAGCAGACUUUUCUUUUUUGUCUCGUUGCAUUUACCUGUUUCACUCACAUCACUGAAUCUCUAUACUGUCUGAUUUUGACAAGGAGAUACAAUCUGAAUCUGCUUGACACAAUCUCUUGGUUCAUAUUGGUGUUUGUCUAUGGCUUUUUCUGCUUGAAGUAUCUAAAACCUAUCAAAGAGAAAUCCACUUGAAUAUUUUCCAACUUCAUGUAUUCUUGAUACAAAAUAUGUCUUUGAAGUAAAAAAUUUUAUAUAAUUUGAUUCCUCAUAAAUAUUAUGAAUUUAUCAAUAAUCAACCAAUAAAGAGACAUAGAUAACAUUA